UAACGAUGGCUCUCACUGAUCAAAUCGAACGCAGGGCCAGGUUCCUCCAAGAAGCAGCUCACUCUCUCGCCGUCACAUCGCCCGCAGCUUCUGCCUUUCUAGGGUCCACGCGCAUCAACCUUAUUGACGAUGCCCAUCAAGUAAUCUCGAGCAAAGAGUAUGAUGCUCUACGAAGGGAAGUUUGCCAUGCCUGCGGAAGCUUGUUGAUCCCUGGAUGGUCCUGCACGGUUUCAAUUCGUGCUCAACUCAAGGGCAAGGCCAAAAAACCCAAAGACGGCAGCACGACGUCGAUGAAAUCAGACAAAAGCACCGUCUAUGACUGCUUUAGAUGCCACCGAGAGACAACCGAAACACUUCAACCGAAGCCCUCCAGGCCCCUGAGGAAGGGGAAGAGCCAUACAGCACCAGAUUCAAAACCAGCGUUGGACACUCAGAAGUCAACAAGAGAGGAUGACGCCAAGGUAGUCAAGUCAAUCAAUGCGAGCAGCAAACAGAGACAAAAGGCUCGCAAAGGUGGUCUACAGGCCAUGCUCGAAAAGAACAAGACGCAAACCUCGAGCCAAGGAGGAUUCGAUCUCAUGGACUUUGCGAUGUGACAGCCACACAUGCAUAGGGCUGAAUGGUCCAGGGUCCGCUUACCCUGCAGGGAAGGCGCCAGAAGCUUGUCGACCCCACCAUCCUUAGAACGCCGACGCGGGGCUCGAAAUUUUUGAGACCUUCGUCAUUCCGAAUAUAAAGCCAACCAAAAAAGACAGCCACUUCUUCGAACCACCCUACACACAUUUUAAAAAAGUUUUCAACAUGGCACAACAGCAGAGUCUUGCGAAGGACCUCUUCGAGGACAUGGGCCGCAAAGUCGCAGAGGCGAGUGCUCAGGAGGACGGCGAGGACGGGACCAAGGUGGUUGACGUGAUCGAGAGCUUGUGCAUGAACUGUCACGAAGAUGUACGUACUUGCGUGUUGAGACGACGUGCAUAACUAAUCAGGACCAAGGGCACCA